GUUGCAAAGUUUCUGUUGUGAUAUUUUGAUACCAUGGUAGCAUUUACAGGAUAUUGUUUUAUAGUGAUAUUAUACAGGAAAACUGUUACUCAAUAAGGCCCAUUUACUAGUUGUUUUUCUCUUUCUCUGUGACCCAAGAAUUAAUGUGUAAGAAUCACAGGAUGGUACCUCAAGGUCGAAAAUACCACAGAGAUCACUCCCUUACUCCCAUCCUCCCUUCUUUAUCUCUUAGAAAAAGGCUUGUUAAAGGCCAGGUGGUUUGUUUCAGAAUUCACUAAUGAAAGAACUCUGUGUUCUAUGUCUAGGAGUGUAUUUCGCUGGGAUAAUCAUAAAUUGUAGCUGAACUGAUAAACUAUACAAAGGAUACUUCUUUGCUCAGAGGGCAGGAAGAUGCUUCCUUAUUUGGUCUGUACCGGUUUGAACUGAGAAUCUGCUGACACACGAACCUUUUUCCUCUAUAUAAACUGUUGUAUGAUGAAUAAACCUUUGAGUUGGUUUGGGAAGGCAACCUGAAGCAGUCUGUGUUUCCUUGUUCUCCCAAGCUACUCCCGACGUUGUAACUAACCUGCUGAACGGCAUACCUGAGUGUUACUUUGAAUAAUUUUGAAUCUUAUAGGGUAAAGACAAAACUCUGCUUUUGUCUUUACCCUCCGUGCCCACACCUCGGAGGAAACCCGAUCCACGGAUGACCCGGGACGGAGAUUUCUUUCAGUUUCCUUUGAAAAAAAAAAAGAUUUAUAAUCCCUUUAUGAAGAACACUGACUUUAAAUGGGCAAGUACAGCAUCCUACCAGGAGGCACACUUUUCACACAGAAACGUCGCUACUCUCAUAGUGAGGGUCGCAGUUACUUACCUAUUCUUACCCGAGGAAUAACGAAGAUGGGAACAGCGCUGAUUUAUGAUGACGAGAUGACCAAGUACAAACUGCUCUGGGUUGAUCCAGCUUGUAAGAUUGAGGUGCCUGAGCGUCUGACUGUGAGUCAUGAGACUUUGGUCAGGACUGGCCUGGCUGAUCGCUGCGUCUCCGUACCUGUCCGUGAGGCCACGGACGCAGAAAUUCUUCUGGCUCACAGUGAGGAAUACCUGGAGGCGGUGAAGAAGACUCCUUACAUGAGUCUGGAGGACCUUAUGGAGUUCACUCGUCAGUACGGUGAUGUCUACUUCCACCCAAACAUCUACCACUGUGCCAAGCUUGCUGCUGGUGCUGCGCUGCAGCUGGUAGACAGUGUUAUGACAGGGAAGGUGAGGAAUGGCAUGGCUUUAGUCAGACCACCAGGACACCACAGUAUGCGCAGUGCUGCUAAUGGAUUCUGUGUGUUCAACAAUGUGGCUAUAGCGGCUCAAUAUGCUAAGCAGAAAUAUGGAGUCCAAAGGGUGUUGAUAGUUGACUGGGAUAUACAUCACGGUCAGGGGGUGCAGUAUUGCUUUGAGGAUGAUCCCAGCGUGCUCUACUUCUCUUGGCACCGCUAUGAGCAUCAGAAAUUCUGGCCUCAUCUGAGAGAUUCUGACUACGACAUUGUUGGCAAAGAGAAAGGGGCAGGAUUCAAUAUAAAUGUACCAUGGAACAAGGUGGGCAUGGAAAAUGGUGACUAUCUGUCAGUCUUCUGUCACGUUCUUCUGCCAGUUGCAUAUGAGUUUUGCCCAGACUUAGUCUUGGUGUGUGCGGGAUUUGACUCAGCCAUCGGUGACCCAGAGGGUGAGAUGUGUGCCACUCCAGAUGUCUUUGCCCAUCUGACUCACCUGCUGAUGAACCUAGCAGGAGGAAAACUGUGUGCUGUGCUGGAGGGGGGAUACAACUUGACUUCCCUCGUCCAAUCUGUGUGUCAGACAGUCCAGACAUUGCUUGGAGAUCCUGUGCCGAGACCUGCAAGCCUCAAAAGUCCCUGUAUAAGUGCACUUGAAUCUCUUCAGUGUGUCCGAUCAGCUCAUAAGGCCUACUGGUCGUGCCUCAAACACGCAGCUGAUCUGCCCGCCUCCACCAUCAGCACCAAACGGAUUAAAUUAGGAGAAGGAGAAGAAACGACAGAGAAGGGAGAAGAAGAAGAAAAGGUCACGGAGGAAAAGGUGUGGCCUGAACCUCCAAAACGCGUCACUCCUCCAGUAUGUGCUGCUUUAGUGCUCCCUGAUGACGUGGCUUGCCCGGAGGGAUGCGAACGCUUCAGCUUCUCAGAGGAUCUUGACCCACUCUUAGCCAGCAAGUUAAGGGAGAGUUUCCUCAGAGACGCAGAUGACAGUACUGCUUUUAUAACCGUCUCCAGUUUUAUAGCCCUGACAGAGAAAAUGGAGAAGAAUGAGAUCUGCAGUGGCCUUGCACUGGUGCCUGACGUCACCAAGGCGAUGACAAGCAUUGUCCAGCACGUUACAACUGUUCUCAGCAACCGCGUUUUGGUCGUCUGUGUGGGUGACGGGAAUGUCCCAAGCCAUAUUACAGAAGACAGGGAAACACUUGUGGUGCAGAUGGGCAGUGCACAGACUGAGGAACAGAGCUGCAAAUAUUACAUUCGUGUGUGUCUGAAGAAGGGCUGCAGUGACACGUCAGGGUUCACACAGGCUGUGUUUGGCCUCCUCCUGCCCCUUGGGUAUGAAUAUGACCCCGGUCUUGUUGUGUUGGUUCGAAUGCCAGAUAGUGGAGUCAGUGACAGUUUGUGGCAACAACUAAUUGGCCUACUGCAGAGCUUUGCACUUGGACAUACACUGGUGGUACUGCAGGAGGAGGAGAAGGCGCUUAUCGGACUCACAGCAUCCUCCCUCCUCGGUAACCCAGCCGCCUCUCUGAAGCAACUUCAAGCCCCGCUAACAGAAGACACGGAGGCCAUAGAGAAGCUGAGACACAGGCUGCAGGCAGACUGGAAAUUCCUUCAGACCACAGCACCACAAACUCAAAGAAGUGAUGAACACUGAGGAUGGAGGGUGUCAUGGACUUUUUGAUACUUUAUUUUUGGUAAAUUAUGACAGCAGUUGUCCUGCUGCUUAGAAAUUAUGCAUGUGUUAUAAUAUUCAUUCAAGCAAUAUCACAAUCAACGCAAGCUUUUGCCGUCUCAUAAAAAAAAAUCUAUUCAAUGACUUAAACAGUGUUUAAGUUAUUUGGUAAGCUGGAUUUACCUGUACUGUUGUAUCAGCGUAUGAGCGUUAUCAGCCUUGUUGACUAAACAAAAAUGAUGACGUUUACAGAUCUCCGGCUGACAUUUAUCUCUUUUGUCACAACAGUUUUCUGCUGGUUACAUUUGGAUUUUUUGAAUUUUCAUUUCUUUUAACAGGAAGUUCCACUUGGAUCAAAAUCAGUUUCACAGGAGACCUAGCCAAGUGCAAAGAGCUAAUAAAUUUUACAGCAAUAUAAAAAAUAUUUAAGCAAUCACUGAUCAAAAUAGUUAUACUUUCUUUUUUUUUGUGCCAUUCACAUGAUUGAAUAGUUGACUGAUUUUUGCUGUAAAUUGAAAUGUUGUGUCUUGUAUAGCACACGUCAUGUAAUUUAACAUGAAGUUUUCAUAAGCAACUUUGAUAUUCUCUGUAAUAAAUGUUACAUUUGUAAAAGAAAAAAAUGGCUGCCAAAUAGUUUUUUUGCUUUUGUACUUUUUCGCCCCAAGGUAUCAGUAUUGUGGUUUGAACAUCGGCAUUGUAUUGCUAUCUUUCCUCACAGAGGUGUUGUUGACCACCAGGGAAGCUGUUUGAGUAGGCUUGCAUGCUCACUCUCAACCUUUGAGGGCACAUUUAACAGUUUUUAGAGCCUUUCAGUCUUCAUUCAUUCAAGUAAGGAGACCUCUUUUCUGCUGGUCUAUAUGUGUCGGCCCUGCAGUCCACUGGUGACAGGUCCAGGGUGUAGCCCUCUUUUGCUGGGUGACAGCUGGGAAAGACGUCAGUCUCCUCAUGAUCCAGAGUUAGAUACAAACAGAUGGGAAAGCUGAUAGAUAAAUCACACUAACUAUACAGUUCAAAGGUUUGGCAUUGAUCAUAGAAAGGCAGAUCUUAUAUAUUGUAUUUUAAUGUAAUUUUUCACCACAUUUUACAAGCAUAAAUCUAGAAUCUAACUUUUUAUAUUUACUUUAAGGUUAUGUGUCUCCCCGUUCCUUUUUUCCUGUUGUAACAGCUGUGAAAGGUGAUGUUUUAGGUGAUGUUCUGAAAUGAUCUCUGCAUAUCUUUGAAUUCAGAGAUCACCACAAUUCUUUGUAAGCCAUGUUUCUUGUGAGACUCACAACAGAAGACUUUUGAGCCUCUCAUCAUGUGAGAUAGAAAUGGGUGAGUCAUCUGAUCACCUAAACUGGAAGUUAAUUCAGUACAGUUUAAUUAAUGGGUCACAUACAUCCCAGUUUGAUCUCAAGUGUGCCAGACCAGUAAUACCAUGUAUAAAAAACAAACAAAAGCCUCGUUUAAUUUCUUGUUUCCUUUAUUUCAAUUUGAGCCGUAGCCAAGAUUUUAAAACUGAAACCACAGGUGAUCCAUUUCCAGCUUCCACUGGCUCUGCUGUCAUUACAUUGUGUCUCACAGUUUAGCUGCAACUAAACAGUGGUACUUAUUAUUUUCAUGAACAGUGAUGUGUAAAUCUGGAAACAGUUUUAGGUUUCCAAUUUUCACUCCUGUGCAAUGAUACGAUUACCACAAAAUGAAUAAUUCGUUAUAUUGAGAUAAAGAGUAAUUAGAGGUAAAAAGAGUAAUUUAUUGGUUAACUCCAACGGCUUGGUACGGACGUUUUUUGGGGGGAGGCUA